AUGUCUUAAAAACCCAAAUUACCUUCAAGCAGAAAAGUUUAUCCUGUUACCAAUUCUGGAGAAGCAUCCCCAGUUUAAACUUAAUAGAUUGAAUCAUCAAAAUCAGUUUCAGAAGAUAAAUAAUAAAAAAAGAAUGAUGACAUUAAAUUGAUAACAGAUGAUUAUGUAUCAAUUAAAUUUAAGAAAAGCCUCCAAUUACAUAGGAAAUAAUGAAAUUAAAAGAGAAAUUACAAUUAGUAGAUAAAGAUUCACUCUCUUUUAAGGAGAUUGAGAAGGAUGAUGUUUAUUUUUAUGGAGAUGUGAUGUUUAAUAUGAAAUGUGGGUUUGGUAAAUAGUUCAAUAAAAAUACUUUAUGCUAUUAUUAAGGUGAGUUUUUUAUGGAUUAAUUUCAUGGUAAAGGUACGUUAAUUUAUUAAGAUGGUACAAUAAAAGUAAAGAAUUAUAUUUUAAAAUUAGUAAGGUGUAUUUUUUUAGGGAAGAUUAGUUGAUGAUGUAUUUCCUUUUUUAUAGCUUUCAUAUGAUUUAAAAUUAGACACUUUUCAAAAUUGUCCAAAUGGUGCAAAUUUUACUGGUUUACUUGAUGAAAAUGGAAAGAGAAAUGGUAUUGGAAAAUAUAUUUGGCAAGAUGGUUCGAUUUAUUUUGGUGAAUUUUCUGAUGAUAGUUUUAAUGGAUAUGGAUAAAUGAGUUUUGCAAAUGGAAAUGUAUAUUUGGGAGAAUGGAAAAAUGGAUAGAUGUAAGGUAUUGGUCAUUUUAUAUGGAAAUCAAAUAAUUAAGAAUAUAUUGGGGAAUAUAAAAGAAAUAAAAAGAAUGGAUUUGGAAUUAAUAAAUUUGCUGAUGGAAGGAGAUAUAUUGGUUAUUUUCGAGAUGGAUAGUUUGAUGGUUAAGCAAUCCUUUAAAAAAAGAAUCAUUUAGAUAAAAUAUCAUAUUGGUAAAAUGGAAAUCAAAUUGUUGAACCAACUUAAUAUACUUGUGAAGAUAAUUUUUGA